AUGAAUAACAAAGAGAAACUACCACUAAGCGGAGAUCCUCGCGGAAUCCUGGGGCUUCCUCAAGAGCUGGUUCCAAAGAUCAUGGGCCAUUUGAGUGUAAAGCACAUAAAAAGGCUGAUGAAGUGCAACUCGCUUCUUUAUAGAAGGCUGAGAAAUGACUUUUCGCUGUGGAGAUGCUUCACAUCUGGAAGGUAUCCAUGCAUUGCUGGGUACAUCAGUGAGAUUAAGAAUAGAUACACAUUGAUGAAGAACAUAUCCCGAUCUAGGAACGAAAGAAGCGUCGACUUUGAGACCAACCAGUCGGACAUCACGUUUAUGCAGAUUGAUAAGGACAAGGUGGCAUGCUCCUCAGAUGACCAGACCAUAAAGAUAUUUGGAAUGGACGGAAGGCUCAUAAGAACGUUUGUUGGGCAUAAGGGAGGCGUGUGGACCUUCAUGUUCAACGACAAGUACCUUGUAAGCGGAAGCACAGAUAAGACAGCCCGGAUUUGGGAUUUGUGGACAGGGUGCACUCUCUGCGUUCUUAUUGGGCAUAAGUCUGUUGUCAGGUCCCUGAAGAUCUACGAUGAUUACAUAGCAACUGGAAGCAGAGAUGCUGAGAUAAGGAUUUGGAAUUUCAGGGGAACGUGUCUCAACGUGCUGAAGGGGCAUACGAUGAGCGUCAGGUGCAUGGAUAUGGGAGAGAGCUAUCUUGUGAGCGGGUCUUAUGACGGAAGUGUUGCCCUGUGGGAUUACAGAAGGGGAAAGCUCCUGAGAUACCUAAAGCCGCACUCUCUCAGGGUGUAUUCUGUCUCACUCUCGUCAAGUUAUGUUGCAUCUGGAAGCCUAGACUCCAGUGUCCAUGUCUCUACCCUUGAUGGAAAGUUACAGUGCUCGUACAGGAUCCACCGCUCAUUAGUAAUUUGGCUCAAGUUUGUUGGCAGCGGUCGUUUCCUGCUUAGUUCUGGAGCGGACGGGAUUUUAUGCAAGUGGGAUGUUUUGGAAAACGCUCUUGUAUACAAAAUAGAGGAAAGUGGGCACAUAACGGCCCAGGCGGUGAUUGAGGAUCUGCUGAUAGUCGGGACCAAGAGAGAGGUAAAGAUAUACAAUCUGAGUGAUGGAAGCUUCAUUAGGACACUUUUCUCCACAUCGUCUCUAAUAAGCAAGGUUGAAGUGUCCGGAAGAUGCAUAUCCAUAGGAUACUACUCUGACUCUGGCGCUUGCAGAUUGGUAGUGUUUAACUAUUAG